CGCAUAUUUGCCCUCCGAUUCCUCCCUUGUCGAUUCUCCUCUUCCUCAUCCUCAGGCUUUGCAGAGUUCCGAGAACCGUCCGACCGCAGCCAACCACAAAGUCGUGAAACAUUUAAGCGGACUGUCUUAAGAAUACUUGUUCGAGGAGGAGGCGCAGACCAUGGCGGCCAACAACGCCUCAGGGUCGAGUCGUGGAGGGCUGUCGCUUUACGCCAACCUCCUCGACCCCAAAAGCGCUGCGCCAGGGACGAUCUCAAGUGCGCCGGUGUCUUACUCUGCGAAUGCGGAGAAUUCGCCUGAUCUAGAUGAAGCUGCGAAGAAGCAGCAGGCUCUCGCCGCCUCCUUAAGAUUUCAACCUACAAAAAGACCACAAAUCGCCAACCAGAAAGCAAAGGCAAAAGCGAUCGCGGCCAAAUUCGCUCCUCCUUCUUCCACCUCCCCAGCACCUUCUACCACACAGAUCGAGUCCAAAGAGAGUGUGCCCACAACCACGCCUACACCACACACAUCUGCCCCGAGAACUACUGCCGCAGACUGGACGGCGACCGCAUCAGAUGACGAAGAUAUCAGCAACUUCUAUACUGUAGAAAAGCGGCAACGUGGGGGACGCAAAAAGCGCAAGAAGAACAAGGAAGCGGUUCAAAUUGUGCAAGAUUGGGAUGAUAUUUAUGAUCCAAGCAGACCGAACAAUUACGAGGAGUACAAGCAGAGUGAAGAAAAGGUUCGCGAGGUCAGGGAAUGGAAAGAUCUUCUAUACAGACACCGUAUGAAGCGGGGGGGUUCUAGCGAAUCUGAUGGGGAAGAUCGCUAUCGGUCCAUAAACCGGCAAUUUGCUCCGCCGCCCAUGUCAUUUGCACCUCCGCCGAAUCUCAACGACGAAAGUUCACCCGCGCCACUACCCCCGCCCGCCCCUGUUCCAGACGAUGCAACUGGCGAGGACGCAUAUUUACGUCGGAUGCGAAUGGCUCAAGGCGCGUCGCAACCGCCGCCACCUCCAUCCCCAGAGGUGAAUCCACCACCUGGUCAGAUAGCCAGGGCGCCUGUGCGGUACAACUUGCCAGCGGCCCCAGAAGAACUCCCAGCUACAGAAGCUGAACUGGAGGAAAAACUUGCCGACACUAAUCCUGGCGAGGAUGAUGGCCCUGAUCAGCCUCGAUCAAGCCGUCCCGGCCAAGCAGGGUUCGCGGAGCGCCUCAUGGCCAAAUACGGCUGGAGCAAAGGCCAGGGUCUGGGUGCUCAAGGAACUGGCAUCAUCAACCCACUUUACGCAAAGGCGGAUAAGCGUAAAAAGAAGCCUGACGCCGAAGGUGGUGGCUAUGCAACUCCGGCAAGCACAGGCAAGAUUCUUGGUGGCAAUAAAUCCAAGGCUGCCCGUGCAGAGGAAGAGGGUAAAUUCGGACCCAUGUCAGAAGUCAUUCGGCUGGAGGGAAUGUUGAAUGGGCUAGACCUUGAUGAAGAGCUUACUCGCGGCGAAGGAGGCAUUUUGCAGGAAAUCGGGGAAGAGUGUGGUGAGAAGUAUGGAAGUGUCGAGCGCGUCUACAUUCAUCGGCCGGAGACUGAAGGUGAAGAUGCGCUGGUCUUUGUGCACUUUGUUAGUCAACUCAGUGCUUUGAGAGCAGUCAAUGCCUUGGAAGGACGCAUUUUCAACGGCAACCCGAUCAAGGCAAAGUUUUGGCCCAAGGAGAGAUUUGAUGCUCGAGAUUAUGUCUGAGCAAUGAGGUGAAGGUGCAAUGAGACAUUAUGACAAUGACAAUAGGAUAAUGGUAUAAAGUGAUUGUGUGCCACUCUUCAUACUCGGUAUAGAACGC